AUGAUGGAGGCGUACGGGGUCCAGCAUAUGCGGACGGCAGUGUACUCGCCGCAAAGCAACGCUGCAGAGCGGGUAAACCAGAUAGUACUGGCCGCAAUCCGGACAUAUUUGGAGCAGGACCACCGAAACUGGGACGCAUAUCUGCCGGAAAUCGAAGUCGCGAUAAGGAACUCUGUCCACGAAGCGACAGGCGUCACGCCGUUCUUCGCGGUAUUCGGGCAGCAGAUGUACCUCCACGGCAGCUGCUACAAACUGGCCAGGAAACUGCGGUCAAUGACGGAUCAUGAGGUAGUUGCGUUGAACUCGCAGAACAAGAGAGACAUCAUCCGCGAACGUAUCAGCCAACACUUGCAUCAGGCCUACGAGCGGAGCAGCCGGCAAUACAGCAAGCGCGCCCGUGAGUUCCACGUGAAACCAGGCCAAGAAGUGUUCCGGCGAAACUUCACCCUGAGCGAUUUCGGGAAGAAUUACAACGCCAAGUUCACCCGGAAGUUCGCGAGAUGCCGAAUCAGGAGGCCGGUCGGGAACAACAUGUUCGAGUUGGAGGACCUGGCGGGGAAACCUAUUGGCAUCUACCAUGCGAAAGACCUGCGGCUGUAA